UCAGCAAGCAAUAUAUCACCACUUUGUUUUUAAUCGAAACGUCGCAUUUAAUGACGCGACGUCACAACUGUCACCAGUGAUCACGACUCUGGCAGUUAAGCCUAAAAAAUCAGAAUUGUUUUAUAGCACUAAAAUCUACGUCUAGUUUAAGUUUGCGGUUAUAUCAAAAACAGACACACUCUCGAAUUGUAAAUUUGGCUCGUACAAAUAAAUUUAAAUCGAAAAUAUUAGUGUACCGUCAGCGAAACUAUUAGCUAAUUAUCCUAUUUCUACCUAUCCUAGCUUUGUUGACUGUAAGUUAAACUAAUUAAUAGAUUUCGAGCCUCCAUUUCCAACAGGUCCCACCUACUUUAUCAUAAUUUAGGCCCCGCGGCCUCAAUGACGUUCCCGCUAAGCGUCUCGCCGAUAUCCAGCGACGGUUGGUCAUGAACUUGUUGCAUGUUAUGCGCAUGAAGUUUCUGUUCAAGCUAGACCAACUCCCUGUUCUAAAAUUCAUACGAUAACAGGCUUUAUUUCAAUCUGGUUUAGGUCCUUGUUGAACGCGUCAAGGAGUUGGUAAGCCUGUACGCGCGUCUAUUUCGCCCCCAGUUCAGUUGUUCUCUGGACGCUUCGCGAGAUAUACGUCUCGACGCAACUCUAUUUUUGCGAUACUCUGUGACAUUAAAAAAGUUUUUUUCCCGAAUUAGGCCUGAAAGAUUUGUUCGUUUCGAAAUUUGAAUAAUGAGCGUUUUUCAUAAUUACAGUGGUGGUUUUUAAAUUGGUUCACAGUUUUGCGAACUUUUGUGAUGUUUUUUGAGUUGCGUCUAUGAGCGUCCUAGGAAAUUCGGGAUUUUAAACAUGGAAAAUAAAGAUUGUCCAAACAACAUGGCGGCCGACAGUUCCCUCAAUUCCCAACGGGUGUUCAAAAAAUCGUCCCCGAACAACAAACUCACCUUGUACCUGGCGUCACGUGAUCUAGUGGUGGAGACGAACAGCAUCGACCGCAUACAGGGUGUUCUUCACGUGGACCCUGAACACGUGGAUAAUAAGAAGCUGUAUGGACAAGUCACUCUUACGUUCAGAUAUGGACGAGAAGACGAAGAGGUGAUGGGCCUGAAGUUCUGCAACGAGGCCAUCAUGAGCCUCGCGCAAGUGUGGCCCCUGAACUGCAACCACCAGAGGGAACCAAGCACGGCUUUACAGGAGGCCCUAAUGAAGCGCUUGGGCGCCCACGCAUACCCCUUUCAACUGGAACUCACGCCGCUGGCGCCCCCUAGCGUGCAGCUGGUACCAGCCAAGCAGUACCACGGGGCGCCCAUUGGGACCUCUUAUGACGUUCGGGCUUUCAUCGCGGAGAAAGUCGACGAGAAGGUAUCGAGGCGCAACAUGGUGCGCAUGGGCAUCAGGGUGCUGCAGGGCGCGUCGCGCGCCGCGGCCGCCGCCGCGCUGCCGACGCCGUCGCCUGCGCACAGCUCCUUGAGCGCGUUGGCGCACCACCAGUUACUGAGGAUCCGAGGAAGGAAAACACAGCAGGAGGAGACGAAGGAAGAGACUUCAAAGGAACAGCCAGCCGCAGAAGGCGAAAGCUCCAACCCCACGGAGCCGGCUGCGCCACGUGUGGUUGCUGAAAAACCGUUCCUGCUUUGUGAUGGUCGACUGAGGCUGGAAGCGUGGCUGGACAAGUCCGCCUACCACCACGGCGAGCCCAUCGUCGUCAGCUUCUCCAUCACCAACCACUCUAACAAGACCGUUCGACGCAUCAAGGCAAUGGUCGUCCAACAUGUGGACGUUUGCAUGUUCUCGAACGGCAAGUUCAAGAACGUGGUGGCCUUCGAAAAGGACAACACCCCCGUGCUGCCCGGGCAGAGUCUCGACGGCUCCUACACUAUGAUACCUAGCAGGGGUGUUACAAAGAACUGGAUAGCCCUUGAAGAUUCCUAUUCCAAAACGGGGGCUUGUCUGGCUUCCACGGUCCUCUGCAGUUCGAAUUCGCCCGAGGACCGCAACGUGUUUGCCAUUUACGUAUCCUACUAUGUGAAGAUAAAACUGAACGUCAGCGGUAUAGGUGGAGACCUGUCAGUUAAGCUGCCCUUCUCGCUGUCACAUGCUAACAUUAAUGAAGCUCCUACUGACAGUGUAAUGGAAGAAGCUACGCACCGCAUGAUCCUCGAAGGCAAAGAGAACAGUGACGACGAAGAUGAAGAUGAGGAAGAUAAAGAAGACGAAGAAGCUACCGCCGACGAAAAUCAACAAUCUGACUUAGAGGAAGACUCAAAAACUUUAAACGGGCCUCGUUGCGUCUCCGCCGACGUUUGCGUCAACAUCAUCGAGAACAAAUUAUGUGAGAGGCCUCGCUUCGAAGGGCCAACUCAGGUCCGUAAAUGCAAGCACGACGAAGAUGACAUGAACCUCAUCGUCCGCUACCCAGGCCCGGAUACGUGAUCCGACGAGGAGCCGGAUGCAACCAACGGGGCAAGCAAGACUGAUGAUGCAACGAAAGCUACACCGCGCAUGAUCGACGUCCAUGCGAACGUCGAAGAGAAAUGCAGCUUCUUUGGAAAGCUGAGGCAGUCGGUUUGCUGCUUGAACCGUCGUCACUCCUGAACUGGACUGUUAAAAUCUUUGCCUUCGACAAUUAACAUAGUGAUGUUGAACUGUUUUAAUGAACAUUGGUAUUAUUAGGAGAAACCCAAGCUUCAAAUUACCCGCAGUCCAAAGACAUAGAAAUGUCAAUCGUUUUCAUGUUUAUCUAGUCGGAAAUUUUAAAAGUUAUCACUGUAUAAUUGUUUAACUGUAGAUUAAGGAUCGAAGUCAGAAGACUUGGUGGUGCCGAAUUAAGCCUGAAUGGAGUACGCUUACUAAAUUAUAGUAGAUUAGACUAAUAGCGUCAUUAAGACCUCGAUAUUAUGAAAAAUAUUGAAAAUGCUGACAUUUUGCUAAUCCAGGAAUCUUACGAGUGUUAUUUUUUUUACUUGUUUUUCUCUCAGGUUAAACGUCAUAUUCAAAUAACAGUGAUCACAAUGAAAUUUAAAUAGAUUAAGGUAAAUUUUUGAAGAUUUAGGUUAUUGAUCUGCAGCCAAAGUAAAUGUUGUAUUAGGUUAAAUAUCACUUAGCUACUCCUUGCUCUCUAUAUGUACAUGUUAACACGGGAGCUCCAAACCGACCAGUCGGGUGCGUCGUCCUAGAGGACGUAAAGGAGGUGCAAAACAGAAAAAGAAACUGCAUGAAAAUAUAAUUUUUCGCCAAAAACCCUUUAUGUAAUUAAACAAAUAGUACAAUAUAUUAUAACGCAGAUCCUAACGAAUUUGGUAGUGUGUUCCUUAGGAAUAUUUUGGACCCUAUUUUAAACCUUUACACUUCUGGGGUUGUUAGUUAUGAAUGAUAUACAUUUUUCGAAACGUUUUGGACCAAGGUCAUGUUUGGGAAUUCUAUAAAUCUCUGUUGCUAGUAACUGUACAUACCUAUUCCUAAGAAGUCUUCUAACUUUAAGACGUGGUUAUAACUGAACCUAUAAUUUUGGUUAUCUUUGAUAAUUAAAGUAAUUUCAGUACUACGAUUUCACUAAUAUUAACAAAGUAAAAUAUUUAAAGAAAAACGGUUACACUCACGUAAAUUAUACAUCGCUAUUGGCGGCUAACUCCGGCUGCGGACUGCCCUGCGCCCCCCGUCCCCCGCUCUAUCAGCGCGCGCGCAGUGCACGGAGUUGUCGGAGUGCAGCCGUCGCGAGCAACCAAGCCUGAGGAAGGACCCCCGAUGGGUUCGAAAUAUGCCGCCAAUAGCGACGAAUAAUUUACGUGAACCGUUUUUCUUUAAAUAUUUUAAAAUGUGUCCCACAAAAGUUUAAUUUCGAAUAUUAACAAUUAGUCAAUGUUCUUUAUUUGACAUGAACAACGGCAUGUCUGUAAUUGAAGAUGGGCUAAAAUUUCCAAAGCAUGCCAAGCUAAUCAUCCUAUUUCUAACUGACUUCAACCCAUCAAUAAGUAUUUUCUAUAACAUAAGCAUUCGAUUGUGUGAUCAUGCUCGUUAUACAAUUAGAAUGAUGUAGAUGUCCUCACAGCUACAGAACCCAAACAGUAAUUGUUAUAAAUAAAUAAAAAAACUGUUUGGCGCCUAAAAAAUAAAGAACUUGUUUUAUUUGUAGAAUGCGAGCAAUACAUGAGAAGUAUGAAAAGUAAUCGUAUAUUUCCCUUCUAAUUUGGGAUCGAUAAAUGAUUUGACACAAACGCCUCUCAUUGGCGAGCCUGAGUCUGUCGAUAUAACAAAAUCUUCAUUAACAAGAUGAUGAUAAAGUCAAUGUCAAUACGGGUAUAUCUAAUUUUAAUACAGAUGUAUUUAUUUUUGUAUAAUAUCAAACUAUCCAUCCACACUUGCCACUAUAACUAACCUGUAUGGAAGAUCUCAAUCUAGGCUAAGUAACCAUUAAGCAUACUGAAGUAGAACCAAAUAUUUAGUGGAUUAGUUAUUCUUGAUGUUUUUGGAAUUUUUAAAAUAAUAAAAACAAAAUCUUUGAGAAUGCCUCCGAAAUUUAAGGAUUAUUUAAAAAACUGACUUAAAAGUUGUUGGAAACUUAUGGAUUGUCGUAUUAUUCUUUGAUUGAUAUAUUCAACCCACUGACAAAUUUUGUACGAUAUUGCGAUGGAGUACAAAUGUGUGCAGAGAAUUUCGUAGCCUGUAUACCUGCAUAACUAACGCCCUAGUUUCAUGCUGAUAUCCAGUGAAGAAGAAACAUUUUCAAGAAGAACAAUACAAAUUUUAUAUGAGGAACAGAAUAAAGAAUUAACGAAAAUGGUCUCGAAAAAUAAGAAGGGGUUUAAAAACAGUACCUUGUCAGUGAGAUAAAAUUACUUGUUAUUCCCUCGUGGAGCGCCCGCCCGUUGGAUUUUCUAUAAAAUGAUCUUCUUGUCUUCUUUCCCGUAAAUAAACUGUCACUGUCCAGUUACGACAAAAAAGGAUACAGGAGGCAAAAAGGAUAAAAGAUAUUUUAACUUUACCAUGAUAGUACUUGUCCAAUUAAUUAAUUAAUUUACAAUAAUAAUCUGUAUAGAUAACUAGUCUUCUCGUAGCUUUUAUGUUUCUAGAGACCCGUAUAUCUGUAUGGGAAAAGGAAUUCAGGUACGCAAGGUUAACAUGUACCUAAUUGUUCACCUACCGUUUUACAUUAUAAUAGUAAAUUGACAUAUUAGGGAAAUAGCACUGAAAAUAAUAAACCAUUUCCUGCAGGUAGUUGAGUAGGAUUUCAAUUUAAUUAAUUGUGCAUGAAUACGGAUUAAGGGCGGGUUGUACCUAGCGCAAUCAUCGAACUGACCAAUGUUAAGGCGGCGUCAGCUGUUAUCACGUAGAGAACUGUCAAACAUUUCAUACCAGCUAUUAUUAUCGAUGACUUUGACAAACUGUUAUGUACUACCGACCCUUAACAGUACAUAUAAAAAAAAAAUACUAUUAUAGUUCGUUUUUUAGCGUAAGUUAAUUAGCGUUUUUGAAGUCUCAUUUUAU